CCGAUCUUGCCCGAUGGUCCGUAUCACGGAUAGGGUGUCCUACACGGUGAAGAAUUCCUUCGUGGAGUUCGGGCAGGCGGACGAGGCUGGCUUCGAGCGGGUCCGCGCGCGCAGCGACGGCACGGAGUUGAACAGGGCCCAGCAGCUCAAAGGCCCGCAGUCACCGGAGGAGUUCGCCGAGCUCGAGGCCGCGCAGAAGGCGAGGGUCGUGGUGCCGAACACGCCGUCGCCCUUCCUGCACCCGUCCGCUCACGAGCCCAUCGGGAGCAUGCCGCCGUUGAGCCUCAUGGAGCCGGCGGGCGGGUACGACGAGCUGAGCUUCGGGGACGUGGGCCCCGAGGAGCUCUUCGGGCACCAGUCGGGGUGCUUCGACGGGGGGGACAUGCAGGGCUUCUGCUACUUCCCCGUCCCGGGCAUGUACGACCCCACACCGGGGAGUUCCUCUGCUCGGGCGGCUGGUAUAUGCCCGCCGAGGGGAUGGUGAUGGUUCCCCAGGGCGCCUGCGAGGCCGACGCGUGCGGGGUCGACCACCUCGGCCAGCCGCUGGAGGCCCCGACGGAGGACCACGGCCCGCAGUUCGAGGUCGCCGCGCACACAGAGGCCGCCCCCGAGGGCGGCGCGCAGAUGGAGGGUGGCAACUCGGCGCCGUGGCCCCUCGCGGAGCAGGGCUCCGCGGCGGAGGGCCCCGCGGCCGGCGAGGCCUGGCAGGCGGACGCCGCCGCGCAGAGCUCCGCGGCAGAGGAGCCCGCGGCGCCCGAGGGCGCCGGCUGGGGCGAGGGCCGCGCCGAGGCGGCGGCGGCAUGGGGCCGCAAGGGCGGGCGGGGCGGCCGCAGGCAGCCGCAGGCCGCAGGCGGCGAGGAGCCGGCGCCGCGGGGCGGCGCGGGCGGCCGCCUCGACGGGGCGCCGGCCGCCGCGAAGGGCGGCGGCGGCGCCCGCGGCGAGGCCGCGGAGGGCGGCGGGCACAUCUCGGGGAGCGAAACAGCGGCGUGCGCAUAA